AUGGCGGCAAGAUUAAGUGAACCGGACAAUAACUGGACUGUGCUAGCGUUAGAUCGUGGGAGUGCAAGUGCUUUGACACCACAAUAUGAAGUGGACGGCGAUCUUAGUGGUGUAUAUGAUCCAAAUUAUUUCUCUGUGCCGCAAAACUAUCUGCUGGGACGUCUAGUACGAAAUCCACGAUAUUAUGGUAUUGGUGGAACAGCCAUGAUCAAUGGGAUGACCGCGGUUGCGCCUUCUCGACAUUUGCUAGAUCAACUAUGGCCAAAUGGAUGGAAAUGGGAUGAUCUAUUCCCUUAUAUGGUAAAGAUCCAAAAUCAUUAUUGUUACUAUCUUCCAUCAUCAUUAACUGGAAUAUCCGAUGCAGAUUGUCGAUUGUGGCACGGUCAAGAUGGUCCAAUAGAUAUAGCUCCACCAUUAUUUGGGAACAUGUCUGAUUUACUGAUUGAGAUGAUGAACGAAUGUGAGCAAGAUGUUGGAUUCAUGACUGAUUAUGACAAUCCUACUAAGCAAUAUGGUUGCUAUUUUCAGCAACAAUUCCGUAAACCAUUGAAUAAAACGGAUCCGAAUUCUUCAAGUAUACGAGCAAGUACAUGGGAAGCUUAUUUGAAAGGAAUUAAUCGUACGAAUCUUCAAAUAUUGGAUUCAGCAACUGUUUUAAAACUUGUUUUCGAUGAUAAUGAACCUACGAAAUGUAUCGGUGUAGUGUAUGAAUAUAAAGGACAAGUGUACACAGCCACAGCAAAGAAAGAAGUUAUUCUGUCUGCUGGUGUUUUUGAUACACCGAAGCUUCUUCAACUAUCUGGAGUCGGUCCAAAACUAUGGCUUGAACCCUUUGGCAUUAAAAUCAUAGCAGAUAAUUCAGAGGUAGGAAAAAACUUUAUGGAUCAAAUGGCAGUUUAUACGGCUUUUGAAACUACUGAACCAGUGCCCCCAUUACCAUGGGGUGCUGACACUUGUGGAUGGUUGUUGAAUAGUAGAUUAAAAGAAAGCUAUAGCAAUUGGACGGAUAUUCAGAUAUAUUGUUAUUCUCAAUUUCCCGGAUUAACAUUAGAUGUUCCAAUAGUCGGUUAUGAUCCGAUUCUUGCUUAUUCAAAUCCACCUAUUUCAUUUAUGACAUUUCUUGUAUUCAAUACUUUACCUGAUGCUCAUGGAACAGUAAAAAUUCAAUCUUUAUCACCGUAUGAUCGGCCUCAAAUUGAUCACGGCUGGCAAAAUCUGUCCGAAUAUGAUCAAAUGAAUCUUCAAUACGGCGUAAAUUUUGUUCGAAAUAUGACUACGAGUACUCGGUGGGGUCAAAAAUAUGUUAAACAAGAGUUAUUUCCUGGAAAUCGAUACGGAGGAUCCGAUGAUUUACAUCGACGAUUGAAUUUGUGUAGCGCGUAUCAUCAAGUUGGCACUUGUGGAUUGGGAAAAUGCACGGACAAUCAAGCUCGGGUGCUUGGAAUAAAAAAUGUUCGAAUUUGUGACGUUAGUCUAUUUCCAACCCAACUAAAUGUCAAUCCAACAUUUACACUCUAUAGUAUGUGUGAAAAAGUGGCACAUCUUGUCAGAGAUCAACAUUCCCAUGAUCCAACAAAUAUCGCCAGUAUAUAUCACUGUCAAAAACUGAAGCUUUUCAUUUCGAUUGUAUUUCUUUCUUUAUUUCUUAAUCAAUAA